AUGACACCCAGUUUGAUACUGGGGCUCAUCGCGUCUUUCUUCUCCGUUCCAUUUGUUGUUCUCCAUACGCUUAUAGCGUGGAAUUAUAAGAAAUCUUCUGGAACAGCUAUCCCAAGGACACCAAUCCAUAUAAUCUGUUCACAUCUACCGCGGCUUAUGGUUGUUAUAUGGCUGGCGACUACCGUGACGGGCUUGGUCGUCAUUUCCAAACAGCCAACAUGCGAUGCUAGUCAAUUGACUCGGAGCUUUUGGAGAAGCGGGACUAGCUGUGUGCUCCACCGCGUGGCUGUUAUCGUUGCUAUUCUAGCUCUGAUCACAGCACUGGCUCUUUUGUGCUCAAUUGAGCUUUCUUUGCGCCGCUAUGAUGCAUCUCUUUUGGGGUUGUAUACGCCCCAGAGACCGUCACGAGACGGAAGCAUCUUCUCCGAAUCCAGCUGGGAAAGUGAUACCCUUAAGAGCGAAAUCCUUUUCCUCUGUCGUCAUCCAGAUGGAGCUCCGGGUAAUAGAGAGCUGUAUUGGUCCAACGGGAAGCAGUGUGUCUCUGAAAAACCUGUUCGACCUCCAAGUGUGCGCUACCCGGCUCCAGUCCGGCCAAAGCCGCAGUUGAGACUGAAUACCGACCCGGGCUCUAUUCGACCAGAAAUCGUUCGUGCAUCGUCUACCUCCCCCAGCCAGAGCUCUCAGAACGGCUCCCCCGUCAACCAACCCACAAACGAGGGGGCAGGGAGUACAGAAAAUCGUGCCCCAGCGGUGUCUCGAACUGGGACUAUCAUGACUGCCCAUCCAAACGACUCCGUGGUUACGGUCCCGUCAAUUGCAGAGCUCUCCGGCGUUCCUGAGAUCCCUGCAAUUCCCCCAAGAUACAAGCAGCAGCACGUGCGACAAGAAUCGUCAGUUUCCUCGCAGAAUAAAUUCCUGCCCAAUGUCUGGCAAACGAACUCAACGCCCCUCUCUGAGGAUCCGCUGAUUAAGGCUAUCUCCUCUCCUGACCUCGCCAAACAGGCUUUGAUGGCCUUGUUUAGUGAGAGCGACACUUCAAAAGUGGUCGUCACUGAGCCACUCCCAGUCGCAGCUCCUUCAAACAGCUCGCAGGCCGUUCCAAAAAGCACGAAUCACGACAUGAAAUCUUCUGAAGCAACACCUGCUCCUCCGAGGCCUCGAGCCAUGACUGCUAGCCCUGGAAAUCCGCCACCAGUCCUGCCUCCGCAACCGUUGACAGUCCGAAAGUCUCGCUCCUCCUACAUUGCUCCUAUUCCCCGUUCGAUUCAUCACCCACAUCAUCCGAACUAUGUCCCUCCUCCUCCGAUCCAUUCCAGCCAGCCCCGUCCUCAACCAGCAGAAUCAGAGAGACCUCGCCGCCAGAACACAAGACGUAUUAGCAAAAACUACCAGUUUGAACGCUCUCAGGUGCCUCACCACACGCAAAGCCACCGAUAUCACUAUCAACAGGACCCAAGACGAUAUAAUCCCAAUCUUCACAGCUAUCACCAGUCGCCUCGCGCACCACGCUUCAACCCUUCCCAUGCCCUACCACCAAUCCCGCGCAGCGAUGAUGUCGAGAUCGUCUACCCUAGCACACGACGACCACGGAGCAGCACAUAUGGUGGCAUUGGCAUCACCAAAGACGGUCUCGGAAACAUGAAGGCCGGAGCACGCUCCAGCAUCAACCUCAGCACACCAGGAGCCUUCUCUACUGGAGAAGCGGGCGGCAUUGACAGCAGAACCUACCGCGGUGCUCAGCGCACCAGCAUGCAGGGCGGUUACUAA